AUGGAUGAUGAAAUCGAAGAAAUCGAGGCAACGGAAACUAGAAGUACUGGAGAUGCGAAUACAGUUCAGGGACCAGCGAAACUGACCAGCGCAAGACGUAAGUCUAGUUGGAUGGACGAUGUAGAGGAGAGCGACAAAAGUAAGCUUGCGCAAACAGUACUGCAGUCAGAAUUGGAUUCGGCAGCAGUGCAGCAAGCAACACCGAGUCCAGCAACAAUACAGCGACCAGUACCUGAUCCGAUAGAAAUACAAAAAGAAAAUCCUCAAAAUGUCAUUUUGGAAAAAUUGCUUGUUGAAAAUCCUGACGUGAAAUUUGCCGAAGAAAUCAAAAGCCCCGGAACAUCGUCCCAAGGAUCAGCGUCGUCAUCGACGAGACGUGCGCCUUUGCCGGAUCCAAAAACGAUGCGUCAACGUAUACACGAAAAACUGAAGCAACAAAUGGAGGAGAAACGAGGGGCAAUGUAUCUCAAUAAGCGUUUACAGCGGCAGCGGCAACAGGACAAGGAACUGGUGAAACAAAGCACUUUUGCAAGUUCCGAAGAAUACGAUUCCGAGCAACUUGACAAACAAAUCGAGCAUUCCAUCAAGGUUAUCGCUGUGUAA